UUGCAGGGUCACAGCCCCCAGCCCCUGUCGCACGACAAACCCCCUCGUCAACCUCAAGUCCUCGACCUCGACCCAUGCAAUGGCGUGCAUCCCAUCCUCUCCUAGGCUUCAAGAUAAUCUAUUUACCAUGCCGCGUUUAUCGACUUCCCUUCCUGUCCUCCCCUCUCCCCUCUCGGACCACCUGUCCUCCGCACCCUCUCGGAUAGCGUUUGCCCCUCUGCUCCGCACUUGUUCUCAAGCGCCUAGUGGGCUAGUGACCUUCCCCGCACGCGUCUAUUGUCCUCGCCAGCCAGCUGACCCCGCGCGAGGCUCACAUGGGCCGCAUUGUUAUGCAUAGAGACGAACCUGUGACGCUGAUUGCAACGCCACAUGCUAGCGAAGGGACAAGGCUGCUGAUCACAAUGCCGCGCGCUAGCUAGCUGCGCAGUAAGCCUGCUGCUGUGACAUGCCAUGGCGUCUCGAGCUUUGGGUAGAGCCGCAGCAAAUAAUCAUCGCUUCGGAGCGACACAAGCCGAUUAGCAACGUUUCGCUAGCCAGGCACAGGGAGAGCGACAGGCACGCUUGAGGGUGCAUUAGGCAGGAAAUUUGCCGCAUAUUUGCUUGAACGAAGGGCAUGCUAGAGCGACAGGCAUGCGUUAGAGGGCGCGAGCGUAGCAAUAUGAGCCGACGACGUCCAAACGUCUGUUAGAUGAAAUCUUAAACUCCUCCUUUUUCUCUUUAGCCCGCCAUCCUCGAUUUUUGCGUCCGAUGCGUCCCCCCGCUGGUUCCCUGGGUUUCACUUUAGGCGGCUUUAAGAUCGACAUGCUCAUUCCACCCCUGUAACGGCAUUCGCGAACGUGCAGUAACGGCGGCGAUUGAUGGUCUAGAAGCGCCGUGACACGCCGUAACACGCCGUGGCACGCUGUGGCACCCCUGAAAGCCCUGCCGAUCGCAGCUCGCCCCUCUUCGCUCCUGGUGUACUUGAGUCGACGACUUGAAGCCACCUUUAAAAGCCGUGUCAAUCCCAGUUCACUCUUACAUCAUACCAUCUCCUCGCGUUGGAGUGCUACUAACAGACUAUCUAAUUGGUCGGCCGUUCACUCAAGAUGGCUUCACUCUUAUUCGCGAUGGCUCGCUACGGCCGCAGGAGGCACCCCGUUUUAGUGGCGCUGGUUCUUCUCUCCGUUAUUGUAGCACCCGCUACAGUCACGAUAGCCGAUCCCUCAAUCAGAACCGCGACCUUCAAUACUAGAACGUCGCCGGAAGAAGCUGGAGCAGCGGAAACGGCGCGGCGGGAAAGGAGACUUCUGCCUUGGAGCGUCGGGGUCGUAUUUAAUCGCCAACGACGGCUCACGCCGCUAAUCCCUCUAUGGGCCGUGCGGCAGCAGAAGCGCGAUCGCGGGCUGGAUAGCGAUCCGAGUGCUGCUAUAAUGGUGGCGGUUGUUCCUGCUGCUUCGGAAGCUCGUUCCGCUGCUGAUGCUGUUGGUGAUGAUGGUUGUGGUGGUGAUGUCGACGCGACUCGAGAAGCAGGUUACAGUGUUGCAGCAUCAAUUGCCGCUUCUGAUUGGUCGGAGGCAGCUUCGGAUGCGAAGCCGAAGCAGAUCGGUUCGGAAGGUGGCUUGGUGCGGAGGUCGCUCGCUAAAAUCACUCCCAAGACGACCGGUAGUGCCAUAAGCGGUGGCAGCAGCGCCGGCAGCAACACGGGUAGCAGCGGCAUUAACAGCACCGUUAGCAGCAAUAGCAGCAAUAACAGCACCGUUAGCAGCAGCUCCGGUACUAGUAAUAGCGACUGGCUGAAGAACAACGCAGCAGGCAACUCUAGCAAUAGUAGCGGGGGAGAUAAUAACGGGGGAGGCAAUAAGACUCAGUCGUCCGCUGGCAGUAGCAGCAGCGGAAAUACCAAUAGCAUCAGCAAUAAGGGAGGCAGCGGAACUGCCAAUAACGGGAACAGCAGCAACGGGACCAGCAACAAUCUGAGUAACAGUAACAGCUCGAGUAGUGGGGUGGACAGCAUGAUUGUAACGGUAACCCCAACAAUUCCCGAAGACGCGGUUGCCACAGGCCUGCCGGCCGGCAAGGCAGUGGUAAAUGCCACUGUGGACAUUCAGGAGGAGCCUUCCCCGAAUGGCACCGCCACGCAGCCUGUGGCCCUGUUCAACUACGAUGCCUUCUUCCUCCAACUCCCCUCCGACCCUCCCCCUUCUCCCUCCCCUUCUCCCACUCCUCCCACUCCUCCCACUCCUCCCACUCCUCCCACUCCCACCCCACCGACCCUACAACCGCCGCCAUCCCCUCCCUCCUCUUCUGCCACCUCUCCCCCGCUCCCACCGGGAUCCGGUACUCUCCUGUCUGAAACGUCAGGUCCCGGUGGCUCGGGAGCUGGAUCUUCAGGCUCGGGAGGUGGGUCUGCAGGCUCGACAGGGGGACCUGGUGGUUCGGGAGGGCCUGGUGGUUCGGGAGGGAAGGGGCAGAGCAAGCCUCAAAAGCCCUCCCCUCCUCUUCCCUCCGCUCCUCCUUCUCUCCCUUCCCCUCCUCCUUCCUCCUCUCCAUCUUCCCCUCCGCGCAAACCCCCCUCUGCAUCCCCCUCAACCCUUCCGAAACAACCUCCUUCCUCCCCUAAACAACCUUCAGCCUCCCCAAAGCGUCCUUCCUCCCCCCCUACCACAGCACCGCCUGCUUCCCCUAGCAAACCCAGCGCAAAACCCAGCAAGCCGAAAUCCUCCCACCUAUUCCCGUCGUCUAAUCCCGACAGUAUCAGCAACAAGGGCGGCAGCAGCAGCAGCAGCAGCAGCAGUAGAGGCACCAACAGCAAGCCUAAAACCACCACGAAGUCUUCUGGUCUCGUAACAACGGCCGCGGUAACCACAGCAUCUGCUACAGCAACGAAAGCGACCCCACUUUCUGCUACACCAGCGAAAGCACCACUCAAAACUCUCAAGCAACAACAGCAAGAGGAGGGGGAGGGGGAAGAGGGUGCGGCGCAGGAGGGAGAGGAGGGGUUGGAGCUAGAUGAGAAGCAGCAGCAGCAGAUGAUACAGAAUUGGCACCAGCAGCAGAGGGCGCGGCAGCAGGAGAAUCCCCAGGUGCUGGCGAUGGCCAUGGCGGACCAGGCUACGGCCAAGUUCCCCUCGCACACGCCCUACUGCUCCGCUGGGCCGUACAUAACUUCCGUGCUCAUUCCUCUGGGGAACUGCCGGGCUCUUCCGCGCGGCAACAACGCCAAGAUCGUCAAGGUCGGCAAGCUUCGGUUUAUCCGCCUGGACCUGGGACGGCCGGUGCGGGGCUGCCAGCGGUCGUACCGCUUCCAGCUAGUCAACUUCAGAGGGAGGGUGGUGCGCGGCCCCGUCACCCUCAGGGUGUGCCGCGCUGGCAAGCCGGGCGCCAGCACCUGUGGCCCCGUUACAGUCACGUCUGCAGUGCCCAGCUGCUGAUGAGAAUGGUGCUCGCAGAGAGGGGGGCUGGGGUGGGGUUGGAGGGAAAAAGAUCAAAAUGCAUAUUCGUGAUCCCGAUAAAUAGGUCGUCAGUCGGAAGAGAUGGGUUGCGGCAGGGAUACAAACGCCUGGAAAUUUGUGUUUGAUGGCUAGAGGAGUUUCUGGUAGCAGUGUAUGCGGUCAAAUGCAUUCUAGGUAGGCAUAGGUUUAUAUGGUUGUCAAGAGUGGCACCCUUACGUGUUGUGGAUUUCCUAACCAAUAAAUUGCAUUCAAGGUG